CAUUAACAAAUAUAUCGUAUAAUUUUAGUUUGUUUCGAUUUUCCCUCUUUUUUACUAUACAAAUUGUUGAUCAUUUUAGGUAGCAUGCCAUAAUCAGGUGCAGGUUAUGCUUUGAUUUUUGAUAAGUUUUUUGUCUUAGAUCAAGAGCUAAGUUCUGUUUUGUUUGGUCACGUAGAAACCUGACGGAAAUGAGGAGAGCAAUUUGAGUUCAUACAUCUUCUUUUGUAGGUUCUAAAGAGUAUGAAACUUAGCAUUUUUUGAGGUUUAGUUCGUUGUCAGUAGCGGAGCCUAAAACAAAACUUAAGAGGUGGCGUUAAUAAGAUAAUGAAAUAUAAGAGUCAAUUUAAAAUUUUAGAAUUUUAGAUUUUUACUGAUAUUUGUAUAUGAAUUGCCCUAAUUUUUUUUUUUUUCAAAGUUGUGGGGGUCAGCUGACUCCCCUUACCCCCUCCUUCCGCCACUAUUCGUUGUCUCGGGAGUAUGAUUAAGAAAAUGUACGAUUUUAAGUUUGUUUUCUCUUUGUGGCCGAACAUGAUGUUAAGAGACUUCAGAGUUUUGAGUAAUUAAUGUGUGUAACUAAAAUAUAUGACACGUCACUUUGAUUUCAGGCCACCUGGUUAAAUUAAAAGUAGUUUUGUGUCAUUUAAUGUGUGGAUGCGAACGUGUCCUUGAAUUUGUCGAUCUUCUAAGGAAAAAGGAGGUCUGAAUAUCUGGAAUUUGAUUGUUGUUUAUAUUCUGUACUUGGAUUAUAUAUUUCCAUUGCUUCUAAUUGGGAAACUUGUUCUCGCGUGGUACUGUACUUUGUUGUGGUUGUUGCUGUUGUCCUGAUAUAACAUUCGCAUUUUUAGGAAAAAAUUCAAUUUUUCUUGUUUGAUAUCUGUUGUGUGUCUCGUUUUUUAGUGAUUUGUUGCUUUGCUUUCAUAGCUGGCACUUUUUUUAAUGUUUAAAGCAUUAUAUAAUUUGUAAUGCCUCCUAUGAUGUUAAUGUUUAUGGCCAGUCAUGUAUGUAAUGAUUGGAUAUCAGAUGCUUGCCUAGUGUGUCUGUAUAGUGGUUUUUAGGAUGUUUAUGGGGUUUAUUGCUCUUAAAAUUCUAUAUAUUCUAGUGCCAUAUAUGUUUUUGUAUCUUUGACAAUUACUGGAGUGUACCUUGUUAAUAGAGUACUUGGGAAUGGAGGAAUCUUAUAAUUUGCUAGGUUGAUUUCUAAUUAAGGCGCAUUAGUUAUACUAGACUAAAACAAAAAAAACUAGUGUUGAAAUCAAGUUCCCCAGGAACAACAGAUAACUAAAGCAGGAAGGAAAUUCUCACUUCUAACUUUGUAGAUUCUAGCCCAUUAGCAGCCACCAUAUUGGACUUUGUAGUUGUUCUGGCUGUGAGAGCACUGUCGUAUAUGGAAAAAUUGCAUCAGUGGAACCUCAUGCCCAACUGAGAACCCAGGAAUCAUAAUGGCUGGCUGAUAUUUUAUUGCUAAUAACUCAGUGGUUCUGUAGUUUAUCAGACCGCUCUCUUGAUACAAAUUUUGCCUUUGUUUCCGUUAGUGAUGAUCAAUUUUGAGAUGCCCAGUCAUGGGUAUCUUCUCCUGGAGCAGGCAUAUAUACUGGGAGGAGUAUCUGCAGAAGGACAACUAACUUAUUGGAGAAGGAUAACUGGCUUCAUUGGAAAACUACAGCAAUGAGUGUCUAUGGGUUCUGAUGCACAUUUAUGUAUCAGCUUAAUAAGGACAUUAUAACAGUCUUUUUGUGAUGUGAGAUUGCAGUUGCAUCUGCAUAGGAUAACCAGUUUGAAUCGGUGUAAUAAAAUUUGAGGCGGCUUUUUGUUGUGGUGAUACAAUGUCAGCUUUUAGAUGCCAGAUUUCAUUUAUAUCAUGGCUCAUGAGUUGCAAGCGUUCAGGAUAGUCAAGGUCUAUUGGCAAUACUAUAUAGGACUUAGUGUUUACUAUGGGGCAGAUUUUGUAGGUUUUUGAUGUGCAGGAGCUCAUACCUGUUUGAACAACAUCGUGCUGUGAUCACCCCUUUUGAAACCCAAUUAAUUGAAAUUUAUGCUCCUGGAAUCUAUGAUUAUUUUGGCUGUGCCUCAUGCCACCUACUAAUUUGUGUCCUAUUUUUCUAUAUUGAGAGUGAACUAGUGGGAUGAGGGGAGAGUUCCAUUGUUCUGUCUAGAACAUGUCAUUCAUCCUAAACUCAGCUGUCUUCGUAGCCUGUUAUAAAGUAACUACCUGUGUCAGUGGAGAGAACAGUAUUUCUUCACCAGUUGGUGUGCAUCUUCUUCAAUUAGGGGACUUAGUCCUUUGCCCCUUGAUGCAGGUUUGAAGUCCAAAGAUGCUGUUCUUGUGGUUGUUUGAAAUCCUACUAUCAAAAUAUGGAGAGAACUGGCUAGGAUAACAUGGUACUAUAGAGAUGCUUCUGAAAUAGUGAAGAUUGUAAUGAUUUAUGAAUGGGGUAAGUUCAACUCUCAGAGGAAACUUGGUGCAGAGUUGAAAGUGAAGGUUGGGACGUAUGUUGGUCAUUUCCAGUAUAAUUCAUUUGGUUCUGGGACCUCAAGGAAUCAAGUGAUCAUGCAAUUUCUAUUGCUUUCUCACAGCUGGAGGCUCCAGAGUUUCUCAGUGCUGCUCUGUAUUUUUUGUUUGGGACUUAAUAGAUCUGCUUGUUUUGAUGAAUCCUUCUCUUGGAGUAAUGUUGAUUGGAGCUGUUCAAGCUUGGGUGGUGUUGUUGCUGAUUUCCUUUGGUCUGCAGACUGCAGCAGUAUAGAAGAAAGCAACAAUGUCAUUGAGUGUUUGCCUGGCUUGUUCAGGCCACUAGAUAUGUUUUAAGUUUUAGAAUAUUUCCUAAAUGUAUUCAUACAUGCUUUUUUGCCAAUUUCAGCUGUCUGUUCUCAGCAUAGUACUUUGCAAUGGCGGAAGUAACAGCGAAUUAUUCAGACUAUCAACAGUUUGAGCCAAAGAAGGAAGAAAUCAGGUCAGUGAUCUCAGACUCUCAGCAGGAAAAUGGGGAGUGCGGGUUAGGAGCUGUAUCACCAGAUCAUGUGGAUAUGAUUGAAUUACUAAAGAAGGGGCACAUGCAGUAUGGUUGCCAACACUAUCGAAGACGUUGUCACAUUAGAGCUCCUUGUUGCAGUGAGAUAUUCGAUUGCCAUCAUUGUCAUAAUGAAGCUAUGAACAACAUUAAUGUUGAUCAGAAGCUUAGACAUGAUGUCCCACGCCACCAAGUCAAACAGGUGAUAUGCUCUCUUUGUGGGACUGAACAAGAAGUUCAACAAGUUUGUGUUAAUUGUGGUGUAUGCAUGGGAGAAUAUUUCUGCGAGACUUGCAAGCUGUUUGAUGAUGAUACCUCUAAGAAACAGUAUCACUGUGAUGGGUGUGGCAUUUGCAGAAUUGGUGGACGUGAAAAUUUCUUCCAUUGCAAUAAGUGUGGUUGCUGCUACUCAAUCCUUUUGAAGAACAGCCACCCAUGUGUUGAAGGUGCUAUGCAUCAUGACUGCCCUGUUUGCUGCGAGUUCUUAUUUGAAUCAAGGAAUGAUGUAACAGUCAUGCCGUGUGGGCAUACCAUUCACAAAAACUGUUUGAAGCAGAUGAGUGAACAUUAUCAAUAUGCAUGCCCGCUCUGUUCCAAGUCUGUCUGUGACAUGUCCAAGGUCUGGGAGAAAUACGACAUGGAGAUCGCAGCUACACCGAUGCCUGAACCAUACCUAAACAAAAUGGUUUGGAUCCUGUGCAAUGAUUGUGGUAAGACCUUGAACGUACGUUUCCAUGUGGUGGCUCAGAAGUGCCCAAAUUGCAAGUCAUAUAACACUCGCGUAACAGGGGGCUGAUGAAGUGUGGCGCUUGUUGCAAAUUUGGCUGUGAUAUCAACGGCCACAGUUAACUGCACAUGGGCUGGGCUUUGACAUACCUCUCAGCUCUACCGAGACAAGAUCAUGGUGGCUUGAAGUGAUUGGUUGCUUCAUCGGCCAUCGAUGGGACUCUACAGCUUGUGUUGUUCCAGCUUCUCUUUUCUGUCUUUUUAUUUUCCUGUUUUCAGCCCUCUUUAAUUUGUAAUUUUCGCAGUUACUGAAUGGAUAUAUUAUAAAAAACCUUGUCCUCAAAUGUUGUAGUUUUUAUACAUUGUGUUGGUUCUGCAUUGAGCAUUUUAAGCAAAA